AUGUCGUCCGUAGCCUCAUCAUCAUCGCUGGUAUUCACAACCCACAGACGAGGACAACCACGCAUUGAAAGGAAGACCACCUUCCGUUGUUCUUCUGCCUCUUGGUCUGCGCAGGAGUAUUCGGACGAGAAGAAGCGCUUAAAAAUGCGCGCUUUGUCCGAAGCGCACAAGUCCUUUCUCGGUCGAUGGCAUCGGGAUGCGUCCAAAAACGAAAACGUUUUCGAGUACCUCGAAGCGCACGAUAUGGACGGGAAUCGCUCCACGGCGACGUACGUGCAAGUUUGGGACACAACAACAGAUGAGGCGACGAAUACGUUUUUGGGAGAGGGAGCGUUUACGGUGUGGACGGUUUCGAGCACGGGAACGAGAAGAAAGUUAUCGUACCCUCUGGGCGAAUUCGUGGAAAAGUACGAAGGCGAGAGCAACAUAUUCGGCCCAGGGCCGGGAGAAGUGCACAGAAAAGCCACGUGGGAUAUGAGUUCACGCACGCACGAAGUCACGUCCACAUCUCAACUCGGGUUUGAAUCCACGACGAGAACGACAGAUGAGAGUGGGGAUUGGAUGACGUGCGUUCGGCGGUAUCGGAAGAAGGACGGUAGCGUCGACGUCUCGUGUGUCGAACAUUUCGAACGAACGUCGCUCAAAUCGUUGUAG